AUGCAGGAAGAGAUGAUUGGGUUUAGUUGGGCGACUUUGACGACUAUAUUGCCUCAUGUUCCGUUGCUUAAUUCGUUGAUGGAUAUGUAUGGUAAGUGUGGCGAGGUUGAGUAUUCUCGGAGAGUCUUUGAUGGAAUGUUGUUAAAUAAGGAUUUGACUUCAUGGAACACGAUGCUAAACUGUUAUGCAAUCAAUGGAAGUAUUGAAGAAGAGAUGAAUCUGUUUGAUUGGAUGAUUGAGUCAGGCGUUGCUCCAGAUGGGGUUACGUUUGUUGCUUUUUUAUCUGGGUGUAGCGAUACAGGGUUCACUGAAUAUGGUCUACGUUUGUGUGAACGCAUCAUUGUUGGAGACGUAGGAAUCACUGAUUCAAAUGAGGACACAUUAAAGAGAAACAAUCUUUCUCGUUCCGCAUGGACAAUGACCGUGAUUGACGGUAGGAGUGAUGAUAAGAUUGGAAGUUGGAACAAUUAUCAGACUGGCGGAGAGUAG